AUGCCUGACUGGGCCACAGUCAAAGAUGUCCUUGUACAUCUGAUAGAUCCGUGGGCAUUCAUGUCCAUCUCCUUUGCUCACAUUCCUGCGACUGUUGUUGGCCUCAUCCAUGACAAAAAGUAUCGCACGCUCUUCUCCUUUUCAGGAUUUCGUGAAGCUCUCUUUGGCACCUUCUGGGCGACCGUCGGGCCCAACGUCAAGACCAAUGCCGAGCAGCGAGUUAUUCCCCUUCUCCAGGGCCGCGUCAAGGGCGGUGUUGUCCAUGACGACGUCCUGAGUUCCCCCAUCCAUGGAACUGUCCUCGAGGUCGGCGCCGGAAGUGGCAUGUGGGCAGACGUUUUUGCUCGCUUUCGCGAGAAUGCCGACGACACAGACGCUGCGGACGGUCUCCGUAACAGAAAGUCCACGGGCGGCCACAUCACCAAGAUGUAUGGCGUGGAGCCCAAUCCAAUCUCUGCCAAAGCGCUCCAGCAACGUGUCAAGGACAUUGGUAUAGACGACAUCUACCAGGUCGUGCCCGUCGGUAUCGAGUCUGUCGAUGAUUCUACCGCGUGGGAUGGCAAGAUUGAGCCAGGCAGCAUUGACUGCAUCGUUGGCAUCUUGUGCCUCUGCAGCAUUCCCGAGCCAGAGAAGAACAUCAAGCUCCUGUACAGACUGCUCAAGCCCGGCGGCCAUUGGUACGUCUAUGAGCACGUCAAAGUAUGGCGAGGCGGCCUGUUGCUCGGCCUAUAUCAGCGUAAGUCAAGACUCUCAUGGUCACGGUGUCCAUAG